UCCUCGCGUACGUCUAUUCUCUGUUGUAGUCCCCUUCGUUAUGCAGUAUAGUCCAUUUCUGGUUGCUCCAAUAUCGAUGUUCUUCAGCUGGGCUUCAGCCGCAGUGGGUAUUGCGGCUGAAUACCGUAUGGUCUGGUUUGUACCGGUUUGAUCCAGUCCUUGAAGUGGUAAGAGAUGGAUCGUAGCUGCUUUAUUUGGUUAGUUGAGCAGGGGAUGUAGAGCGUAGUUUUCUUGUAGUACGUGAUCUGGCUGCACACUUCAGAGGGGGUUUCUUCUUUGAGCAGUAGUAAUUAUCUCUUAGCUGUCAUCAAGGAGUAUAGGUGAGUUGAAUGGUUUAAAGCUUUGCAUAGCCUUCUCUUCCUCCGUGCCAUCUCUUCAACAUAUCUUUCUCCAUCGCUACCAUGGCCCCCGGAAACAUCACACAAGCGCUCUAUGCUCGCGGCCUACCCCCCGGCGUCAAGCUCGUCGUCACAGACGUUACCUUCACCGUCCCGGGAUCAGACUGGUGGCCAGGCUUCCAAGGCCCCCACAAAUCUCUCUACAAGAACACAUCAGAAGCAGACAAACAAUCCAUGUUCCCCAUGGAAGCCACAUCCUACGUCCACAACGGCUACAUAGGCAGCGCAUACCUCUCCUCACAAUCCCUCUUCGACACCGGCCACGGCCCCGAAAUCUACAUCAAGUACAGCCUCUCGGGCAGCACGACUGUCAACGGCCAGACGGUCGAUCUGAGCCAUGUGACGGGCCAGAUCACAGUCUCAACCACCGACUGGUCGCUUGUUUCGCGCCCGGAUUACUGCAAUGUGACUUACCAGGUCCAGAACCAGCAAGUGCAUAACCUGUCCAACGCGGUGCAGGCCGGUCAGAGCCCCAAGGACGUGAGUUUCGUGUUUGGUGUCAAUCCGCUGGAGAAGCAGGUUGGUGUAAAUGUGGCGGUGGAUGAGGAUGUUACUAAGGAUCUUAUUGAUUAUGCUUUGAAGGGGAUCUUCAAGGCGCAUGAGAAGGCUGUUGGGUGGGUUGUUGGCGCUAUUUGAUUGAUGGUUUUGUUGGUGGGUAGGAUAGGGAAAUAUAAUUUGGUGGAUGUACCUAGCCUUUAUGAUUGGGUACUUGUCACAUUCCUCUUGCUUGCCGUCUGUGCUUCUAUCAUCAGUGUUGAAUUGUGUUCUCUACGUACCACCGGACCAUGCGAUGAAGGACGGGCACGUGAUGAUACUUGGCUUAGUUCAGCUAGUUGCUCUGAGCACGCGACCACUUUCCAUCGUGUGCCUCGGUGGUAGUUCUGAUAUAUUUGGAUAGGUAUUGUGUUCC